AUGACACUCCAUGUUCUUUGCCUACAGAGGCUGCGACGGAAUCAGCACUGGCACGAACCUACCACCGGUCUGACCACCUACUUCGAGCUCAAUGAUUUCAGAUCCUGGCUCAAGAAGGAGUACUUUCCUGACGACUCCAUUGUCUAUGCAGUGGAAAUCAAGUUGAUAAUGUACUACCUAUUCUUUCAUUUUGUGUCAAAGGAGCACUUGAUGAGCUUGGACGUUGCCAGCACAGGCACUAUGGUCGUUGUGACUGCUAUGUCUAGCCAUGCCGUCGGUAUCUUCGACAGAUACCUAACGUUCUGGAACACUGCAUAUUUCUACUUACUGAACGUCGGAAAGUACCAGAAUGCGGUCGAGAUGAAUAAGGAGAUUGUUGACAAGAUCAAGGUUCUUAGAGAUAGCGUUGGGGAUGCUACAGACAAGCAGGCCUAUAUAAUCUAUGCCCGGUUAGAGGAUAAAGCCAGGCUUCUGGCAGAAAUCAUGGUCCUGAUGAUAAACGAUCAUGCUUUUUUCUCUUUUCCUAUCAAGGCGCCUGUGUUGGACGAAACUGGAACUGAGACAUUACCAGUACUGUGUCAAGAUAUUCAAGUUAUACUAGCUGUUCAUCGAGGACUUGCCCAUGAUACCAACGGCAAACGAGCUCCAAGGGAGUUCCCGAAAGCGUUCGAAGGAGAGAGGGGAUACCAACCGCUGAAGAACUUCAGUGCUGUGUACGCCAUAAUUCUCGAAAAGCGGGACAACUACACUGACACCAUGGCCAGGAUAUUAACAUCGGCUUUGUGA